CUUUAUUCAGCUCCCAACUCUCAUUCAAAGGAUUCCUUACUUUCUUUCAUCCUAGUCAACAUGGCGAGCGAAGGCGACUGGACCUGCGACGCUAAUGACGCCGUCCAGAUCACCGUGGUCCAGCCCAGUGAACAAAAGCCGAAGACCAUCUCUAGUUUCCAUCCGCAGUUUACUUAUCCGAUUUUCGGUGAUGAUGAGACUAUUUUUGGUUACAAGGGCCUGAUUAUUCGUUUGCGAUUUGCUGCUCAUGACCUCCGUCCGCAUAUUCAUAUCUCCUACGAUGAGAAGUUCAAGCCCGUGGGCGACACCGCAGCGGUUGACCUGUUGAAGACAUUAAAACCAUGGAUUCCAGAAGAGGCUUUCUCCGAACUUUCAGAUUACGAGAACGCCGUGCAAGAGGACACGGAUGCGAAGAACUUUGUGCCGCCGGGGAAGCUUGUCCAUAACUAUGUCACCCGGGGAAGAACAUACGAGAUCUGGGCGGGAUCUCUUGCUGAUCCUCAGGUGCGACGGCUGUUGGAUCGUGCUCAGGUCUUUGUGUCGCUAUUUAUCGAGGCUGGAACGCCCCUAGAAACAGAUGAUCCUGAGUGGACACUUGAACGUUGGACGGUCUACUUUGUGUACGAGAAGGUGAAGCCUCCGACUCCCACUGCUUCACAAUAUUCCAUCGUCGGAUAUGCGACAACCUAUCGCUGGUGGUUCUAUCAGAGUGAUACUUCGGAGAAAACCACGUUCAAGAAUGAUCCAUUCCCAGGACCCGAAAUCAGGCCUGCACAGCUACCAUCACGGUUACGGAUUGCCCAAUUCCUCAUCCUCCCCCCCCACCAGGGCUCGGGUCAUGGUACCCAUCUAUACACAACCAUCCAUACUGCAUGCUUCAACGACCCGACAAUUGUCGAAUUGACAGUUGAAGACCCUAACGAAGCGUUCGAUGCGCUCCGCGAUACCGCAGACUUCCACAUUUUGCGCCCAGAAUUCCUGAAACACAACGUGAAUAUCGACCCCGAUCCCUACGAAGGGCUUUCUAAAAAACAACGACCCCGUCGCGUCCCAACAUCCGCACUCAUCCCCACAAAGCUUCUCCAUGACAUCCGCGCCUCUCAUAAAAUUGCCUCAACGCAGUUUGCUCAUGUCUUGGAAAUGUUUCUUUUGGGCGAGAUCCCAACCAAAUAUCGUCAUGCUGGUGGCGCAAAUAUGUCCCGCCUAUUGAUCAAGAAAUAUAAUGCAGAAGACCCCAAUGAACGACGGUACUACUGGUGGCGCAUGCUAGUCAAGCAGCGUCUCUUCAAGCGCUCUCGGGAUAUUCUCAUCCAGCUAGAGAUGAGUGACCGCAUUGAAAAGCUGGAGGAGACGGUGACCAACGUAGAGGAAGGCUACGAAGCGCUAAUCAAAGUCUUCACUGCCCGAGAAGAGGCUUUGCUGGCCAAACAAAGUGAAUCUGGUGAAUUAUCUGAAACUGCAGUUCUAGAAGACUCAGGCACAAGUUCUAGUGAUGCUUCCGCCAGGGAUCAGCGCGUUAAGAGGAAGUUCACGGUAGAGGAUGAUGACGAGGAAGAGGAUGAACUGGAAGCUGCCAAGCGCCCAAAGGUCUAAUUUAUGAUUUGUGUUCUCCUUUUAGGCUUCCAGAGUCGGCGAACUUGGUUCAAUCUAUACACAGGAAGAUUCAAC